AUUAAAUUGAAAAUUUUUACCAAGAACAGAUCCACCCCCAUCACUUGAAGAGCUUCUCGCCGUAAUUCUUUAGAUUUUUCCUCCUUUGGUCGGCGACGGGCCCCAGUCAAACCAGAGCCACAGAUCUGGAUGCAUCCUGUCUCACCCACACCAUUCGAAUCGGAUUGGUGGUCGAUAUCUAGGGCCGACGCAGCAGCACCACAAUCGGCGAACGUCAAACCAGAUCCUCCGCCCUUCGCCGGCCCCAGCUACGACUUAUCACAAACAUUUCGAAUGAUACGGUUGUUUCUUAUGGUUCGUUUUUCUUUCCAGACAUCGUUUUAUCCCAGAACCGAAAAAGAGAUGCAUACAACAGGCUCAUCCAUAGAGGAUGAGACAUUCCAAGUCCGAAAGCUCGAGAUAACAGACAAGCAGAAGGGGUUCGUCGAGCUACUGCAGCAGCUUACCGUGUGUGGGCCCAUAUCCGACGAGGCAUUCGAACAGCGCUUUCAAGAGAUCGCUAGAUAUGGUGAUGACCACAUAAUAUGUGUUGUAGAGGAUUGCAGCUCGGGCAAGAUCGUGGGCACGGGGAGUGUGUUCGUGGAAAAGAAGUUCAUAAGGAAUUGCGGAAAAGUCGGGCAUAUCGAGGAUGUGGUGGUCGACUCGGGUGUUCGAGGCAAGCAAUUGGGGAAGAAAAUAGUCGGGUUUCUUUCGGAUCAUGCUCGGGAGACGGGGUGUUACAAGGUGAUUCUCGACUGCAGUGUGGUUAAUCGAGCGUUUUAUGAGCGGUGUGGGUUCAAGCAGAAGGAGGUCCAGAUGGUGAAGUAUUUCAUCUGA